ACCCGACCCGAGGUAUACCCGACCCAGGUGAAAGAUAUUUUACUUUCACCUCUCUUCUUCUUUUUUCUUCUUCAAUCGACCAGAUCUAUUUUCUAUUCUACCAUUUACUGCUCAGAAUGGCCUCCUCGACUACUGGCGCCAUGAAAGCACUCACCGUCGAUUACCCUUCCAUCAUUGCUCGCCCAGUCACCACCAUCCCAUACUUCAAGAAACCAAAUGGUAUCUCCCUCUUUUACACCCUCUUUUCGCGAUUCUCCGACACCUUCGUCUUUCUCGUCAUCGCGCUACUCUCCUACACCGGUUUCGUCACCGCCGCACUUCUCACUCAGAGCGCUCCUGCUCGAACUGACGGAGUCUUCCUCCUGGGGGUUUUCACCGGCGUAGGCUACCCAUUCCUCUUCCUCUACUUCAACAAGAUACACCAGUGGAGGAAGACCAACCUCGCCAAACGGCUCUUCUUCAACCCUCCUGGUGUUUUGUCCAAUUCCUUUGGGUCCUUAAUCUUUAUGAGCUUAAACUGUGUCAAAAUCUGGGCUGGUGUCUACAACUCUGCUUAUGCACUGAUUGCUUUGCUUGGUGUACUGGUGAUUGUUUCCAUGUACCUUGCUCUGAGACCCACUUAUGGCUACCGUAUCAUUGAUGGGUUAUUGGCUGCGGUUGCUCUCUACGGAUUUGUUGCGAGGAGGAAUGAUGAUGUCACCCAUGGAGAUGAUGGAUCCAUGGUUAACCCCUGUCUCAUUGCUUUUGCUUCGUGCCUGAUUACGAUGUUCUACUACUACUUCGAAGCGAAAGCCAAGGAGGCCGAAAACCCUAACGGAGUUGCCAAAUAGUCUUAUGGAUAGCCCAAGUUGUCAAAGAGAUGGCCGUGCAGAAGUUGAUGGCGUUUUCUUGUUAGUUUCUGCUCGUUGUAGUGUUGUUUUCUUUAGGGUUUCAGUUAGUUGCCAUUGCCGACUAUUGUAAUGAAUGAUGGUAAGCAAGCUUGUGAAAUAGAUCAACGUUUUUGUG